AUGGAGAAGCUGACGGAGAAAGACAAGGAGCUGAUCCGAGGCAGCUGGGAGAGUCUUGGCAAGAACAAAGUUUCACACGGAGUCGUCAUGUUCUCCAGACUGUUUGAACUAGAGCCUGCACUCCUCAACCUCUUCCACUACAACACAAACUGUAGCCCCACACAAGACUGCCUCUCCAGCCCUGAGUUCCUGGACCAUGUCACAAAGGUAAUGCUGGUGAUCGAUGCAGCAGUCAGUCACCUGGACGACCUCCAUACCUUGGAGGAUUUUCUGCUCAAUCUGGGGAAGAAGCACCAGACAGUUGGGGUUAACACCCAGUCUUUUGCUGUGGUGGGGGAGUCCCUUCUCUACAUGUUGCAGUGUAGUCUGGGUCAUGGGUACACUGGCCCACUGCGUCAGGCCUGGCUCAACAUGUACACCAUCGUAGUGGCGGCCAUGAGCAGAGGAUGGGCCAAGAACGGGGAACACAAGACUGACUGA